UCAUUUCAUCAAUUGCUACUUUGUCUUUUCGAAGCUUUCAUUUCUUUGUGUUGUUGCAGAGAGAGAAAUCAUCUGAGGGUGAAAGCAAUUUUACUCCAAUAUCCCCCUCAAAUACCCAAUUUGUCCAACAAAGUUCGAUGCGAGCCACCAGAUAGAGGUUUAGUAAAUAGAUCCGCGACUAGAUGAUUCGAUGGGAUAAAAGAGAGAGUAAUCAAACCAGAUGUGAACUAUUGCCUUACGAAAUGAAUAUUCAAUUUCACAUGUUUUGUCCUUUAUUGAAAGACGGAUUUUUUGGCGAUGUUUAUGGCUGCCUGACUGUCGGAGUGCACUGAUAUGGGUAACGUCGGUGGUGUAGAUAGAUUGUUAAAAAGACACACCAACCAAGUGAUUUCAGCAGUGACUCGACGCAUUGACCUGUAUUCGGCUUCCGCAGAAGAUAAAGAGACGAAUGCUUGCUUCUUAGAUUUCCAUGAAAUGGGAGCACCACCAAGAGAAAUGAAAAAAACACUAACGAAUCUCCGAGAAUCUCAACAUGAGGCCCAAUUUACGUCGCAAAAGACAAGGAGAUCAAAAGAGACAUCUGAGGGUAAAAGGAUUUCUUGAUCCGGAUCUGUUCUGAGGUACCUCAAAACUCGAAGUGCAGCUGAAAAGUGGGAAUCUUUGGGCUGUUCCAUGUACUGGUUUAAGGUCAGACACAUCAAAAGAGAGGUCUGGCCUAGUGUGGGUUAAGUAAUUUAAUUUUUCAACUAGGUGUCGAUAAAGAGAAGGAUAAGACAAGGGUUGCCCAUCAUUCGCAGUCAACUUGGUGUACGGGUGAAGAGGUGAAGAUACCUGAUGUACAGAACAAUCAAACUCAUUAAAAAGGUCUUAAGCUAUGCCAAGGUUUAAGCGGAUGUAGAAAAGAAAAAAUUAGGUCCAUCGGUAUCUACAUCACAAGGUACUGAAUCAACACCUUCUUUUUUGGACAAAACAAAUCUGUCUUCGUCAAUUCAACAUGUACCACAACCAUCUCGAUCAGUUUAUUCAGCAUCCCAUUCAGCUCCUAUAGAUCAGGAUACUCCACAUCUGGGGCCGACAGUUUUUCCUGAAUCACAACCAUUUCCAACAGAUCACUUGAUAUCAUAUCCAUCUCUGGUUGGUCGAGACUCAUUACAACCAUCUCUUGUUCUUCGGGACUCAUCACAUUCCCCUCCUGAUGGUCGGGACUCAUCACAGCCAUCUCCUGUUGGUCGGGACUCAUCACAGACAUCACUUGUUGGUCGGAACUCAUGACAGCCAUCGCUUGUUGGUCGGAACUCAUCACAACCAUCUCUUGUUGGUCGGCACUUAUCACAACCAUAUCCUAUUGGUCGGGACUCAUCACAUCCAUAUUCGAUUGGUUUGGACUCAUCAUAGCCAUCUCGAUCAGUUCACUCUACAUCAUAUCUGGGUUUGAAAAAUCAGGACUCAUCAUAGUCAUCUCGAUCAGUUCAUUCUACAUCACAUUCGACUCCAACAAAUCAGGACUCAUCACAACCAACUCCAACAGAUGUGGUUGUACCCCAAAAAUGUUCUAGACGUGAAUCGAAUACGCAUUGGGUCAUAGACACAAUAGAUUCAAGAAAUAAUGUCAAGAAAAUCAAAGUGAAAGCUAAGCAAGUACUGAGAACAUAUCGUGGUUAAGUUUGAUGUUUAUGAUGAACCAUUUGGGGAAGCACGCAGCCUACUUUCGCGCUUUUGUGGAAUAUUAGCGUGUAAUUGCUCUUUAUUUCCAAUCAACUCUGAGAAAUGGUCGAGUUUACCUAUGACAUACUUCAACCGCGUCUUUGAACAUAUUAUAAAGGUAUAUUAUAAAGCCCAAAUGCGUCAAAGGAAUCGUGAAAAUCAAAAGAAAGAGACAAUUCCACACACUGGUGGCUCCAAAGUCUAUGCUACAAGAAGGGCUGAAAUAAUGGUCGAGACUGGACAAUGGCCUGGACGAGCACAAAUGUAUAUUGCUACUCAUAAGAAUCAAGAUGGAGUAUAUGUUAAUGAAGCGGCAAAAGAAAUAUGUGAAAAAAUUGAGUCAGUUUUGAGCCAAAGCGUCAUAGAUGAGUCUCAAGUUUCGCCAAAUGAUGUCGUUGGUAAGGUUCUAGGGCCAGAGCACUCUGGAAGGGUGAGAUGCUUAGGAUUAGGAGUUGUUCCUAGUAGAGUUUUUAAACAAGAUAGACCUUAUUUUGGUGGUACACGUGCUUCAAGUAGUGGAGGUUCUUGUUUGUUCCAAUGUCGAGAAAACUUUUCUCAAAUGAUGAAUUCUCAUAAUCAGAUAAUGAGUGCUUUGAAGGCAUGUAUGAUAAUGAAAGAAGGAACGAUACCCGAACAAUUUGUGGGGCUCUUUGAUUCUACUUCAAUGGUUUCUCCCACAGCAGUAAAUAAAGUUCCCUUUACUUCUUUUUUUGAGGUCAUUCCUAGUGUGUUGAUACUGAUUUUGCAACUGUUUCAUGCUCGUGCACUCUAUUGUGUUCAGAUCCCUUGGCUGAUUUUUCUGCUAUGAUUGUCAUUACAUUAAACAGAAGAGGUCAAAAUUUUGAACAAAGCGUUCUUAGGCAGUGUCUCCCUCCCCUUCAUCUGAUCUGCAGCUGAUUACUAGGAAGGAUUAGUUAAUGCAUGGUAAUAAGCAUGUUGUUUCACACAAUGUUUCUCAUCUAGCACAUUAUUUUCUGAAACUUGGAAACUGUGAUGUUUAACCAGCACAAGACAUAUUAGCGAAUGAAUAUGCAGGAAACUUAUCCAUCUCAUUUGCUUUUCAUUUAUUAAUAAUAUACACUGCAGUUUUAACAUAAGAGUCCCCAAAAUCUAAGAGAGACACUAGCUUGAAAUCAGAUUGCUUAAGUUACUUCUGAGAUAUGCCUAUGCUUCCUUUCUUCUAUACCAUUUUAUUGGGGUGUAUAAGCACAUAAAGUUUGAUGUAUUAUUCCUAAGUAUUUGAAUAGCUCGGUGCAACUUUUAUUAAUAAAUUUUAUACUAUUACCACUCUUUACAGUUUUCACAUGCUUACUUAACUAAGUUUUUAUGUAAGUAAAGAAAGUUUUUAGUAUAGUACACAUCAAACUUCAUUAUUAGCAAAAAUAUUCAAGUCAUUCCAGAUGUACUAACAGGAAAGAGCAACCUAACUUAAGCUACUAGACGUACUAACAGGAAAGAUGCUUAAGCUACUAGAUGUACUAACAGGAAAGAGCUAUCUAGCCUGUUUGGCACAAGGGUAAAUAGCACACUUGCUUAUAGUUUGAGUAAUAUAAGCUAGAUUUAUGUUCAACAAUUUCUUAAGAAUAGAAACAGAUACAUGAACAAGUCUCUGGUGUACUAAAUGAACAUCUAAAUUUUUAUCAUUUUCAACAGCACGAGAUGUUCAUUUUGACUAGCAGUUAAAAUGAUAUUUUCUUUGUCUAUGUUGCUUGAUAAGAUAUAUAGUCAUCCAUCAUCUUUACCAAUAAUCAUUUUCCCGUUGAAGAGUUCCUGAAACAAGCAAAAGUCAAGAGAAAAAAAAAUUGAGCAGCUCAAUUCCUUAGUUUAGCUACAGAAAGAAAGAUUAAAAUUAAACUUAGAAAUGUAUAAAACCCCUGAUACUGUGUCUUUACCAUUCAAUCUGCUAGAUCCUAAGUGAGUAUCUAAGGGUAUAUCACCAGUAGAAAGAUGUACUCUCUUUGGAUUUUCGAUUCUGGAUAUUGAUUGACAAUCCAACCGACUCAGGUCUCCCACCAUAUUAUUGGUGCCUCUUGUGUUUAUUAUUUAAUCUUGAUUUCCCCUAUAGGCCAUUAGAGUUGUAUUCAUGCCUACCAUAUUAGCACAAUAUGGAACCAGCCUAUGUCUGACCCUUAAUUUUACAAAGUCACAGAAUAGAUUGUAGUUUUUCUUGAAUUUCUAUUGACCCUUAAUAUAGUGUGUACACCUUCUAGAGUUGCAGGAACAACACCCAAGACCCUGACAUUAGCCACAAUUGACAUCUGGCUCCUAUCACUAAGAAUUAUAGGAUGUCCAGUUAGAAAUCAUAAAAUAUUGCUUAGUAAAUCUGUUUCAAUUUGUUUGUCUUACUUUUUAGUCCGUUUCAAAAAUGAAUGUCUCUCUUUUUCUAGCAUGUUUUAAGACACACAAGAUUUAAGGAUAUUUUGAUACAUUUUACCUAUCUUCUAAGAUUACAAGAUUCAUUUUUGUGGUACAAAAAUGUUUGAUUCUUAUACUUUGCAUUUUUAUGUAGCCAAGUGAUGCGGCUAGUGGACCCAAUUUAAACAUGGAUUCAACGAGAUCGUGAUGAUAAUGAUCCUAAUGGCAUUCUUUGAUUUCGUUGCAUUUGUCUUGGAUAUUCAAUUAUGAUGAUGUAAUUGUGUGGUUGGAGUGAAACUUAGAAUAUUGAAGGUUGUGUUUAAAUUUGAUUUUGUAGUUUAAAGAUAGUUAGUUAAUGUUGAAAAUUUGGAGUUUGAAGAUGUUAAUGUUGAAAAUUUAAUUUUGAAGUUUAAUGUUCAAUGUAUUUUUUAUAUGCUUGUUAAUUACAAUGUUUAAUUACUCUGUUGUAUUAAUGAUAUAUGAGUUGAACAAAUAUUGGAUUGUAGGUUAUACC